UGGCUCCAUCGUCCUCCCGGGCACAGGACGUGAUCACAGUUCGCUAGAAUUCCUAGAUCCAUCCCUGAUUUUCCAAGACUAAAUCGAAAGUUAAACUUCUUGGUUAUUUCCUUUUUUUCUUUUGGAAGCCUAAACAGGAGAAGAUGGAUUCGUCGUCCACAUGGGCACAAGAUGUGAUCACGUGUGACCUUUGUGACAACCCCACCAAGCAGUUCUGUAACAACUGCCAAGUCAGUUUAUGUGGGAACUGUAUAAAUAAACAUGUAGACAGUCUGAGGUCUCACACACAUGAUAUUGUUCCUUUCAUGGACAGGGAGGAACGGCUAGUAUUCCCGUCAUGUGCUUCACAUCCAAAACAAAGAUGUGAGGGAUACUGCCAACAGUGUGAUGACAGAUGUCCCUGUCUGCUUCAAAUGCCUCACAGGUCCCCACCGCGGCCAUGAUGUCAUGGACAUGACAGAUAUUGUGCAAAAAAGAGAAAGAGGAAAUAAUGAAAGAAACUGAGGAAACAGAGACUUAUAUUUCAAAGUUCACCAUGGGUGAAGCAAAAAUGGAUCAAAAGAUAUCAAAACUAGAAGAAAAUUUUGAAAAUUUAGAGAUAGAGGGAGAGAAUUUGAGAAAAAUUUGGCAUGAAGAAAUUGACAUCAUUUUCAACACUCUACAAUCAACCAUUAGGACAAUGAAAGAUAAAAGAGUCAGAACUCUUAAAUCUCACCAGUCCUUGCUACAGAAUUCAGGAUCAAAUUUAGAACUUAUUGUGAAAGAAAACAAGAAAAUUUUGAAAUCUAACAAAGUAACUGAUAUUACAAGUCACAGAUCUAAACUGAAGGAAUUCAGAAAAAUUCCUACAGAUGUUGAUGUAACAAUCCCUGCCUUGAAAAGCAACACAGUCAAGGGGAGCGAAUUCAGCAUAGAGUUAGCAGAAUACAAGGCUACUUUGAAACAGACACCCAUUUCCAAUCUGACAGAUGAAUUCUCUGUUUUAUCUGUAAGAAAAUUAUUGGACAAAGCUAAAGUAAUUAAUAGCAUUCCUUCAGGAAUAAAUCCUUUACGAUCAGUUAUUUGCAUUGGAUCUAAUGAAGCUUGGGUUCAUGGUAAAGAUACAACCCUUAGAUGUAUUGACAUACAGGGGUCAGUAACGGACAUGGUCAACACUAAGUGUGACCCUUCUCCUAGUGACCUUUCAGUGACCAGACAGGGAGAACUGAUAUUCAGUGAUGUCCACACUACAACAGUGAACAUUGUCAGACAGGGGAGAAUAGAGACACUGAUUAUUAUGCCCCAAGGAUGGCUUCCAUUUGGGCUAAGUUGUACAAGAUCAGGGGACAUACUAGUUUGUAUGUGUACUACCGAUCAGGGUCGUUACAAAAUUGUCCGAUUCCAGGGACCGAUGCCAACACACGAAAUUGAAAAAGAUGAAUAUGGACAGCAAAUUAUAAAGGGUGGAGAAUUAGGAGCUCAUGUGGUGGAGAAUAACAAUGGAGAUAUUUGUGUCUGUGAUAUGGAUGCCAAGACAGUGAUAGUGGUGGAUAAGACAGGAAGAGUCCGAUUCCGUUACGAUGGUACAUCAGCCAAGAGGAUUAUUCCAUUCCAACCUGGAAACAUUGCGCUUGAACCAUUAAGUCAUAUUAUUAUAAGUGAUGUCAAUAAUAACUGUCUCCAUAUAUUAGACCAGAAUGGACAGUUUUUAAAAUGUGUGGACAAUUCUAGUAUUGAUAGACCUUGUGGACUGAGUGUGGAUAGUGAAGGGAGGUUAUGGGUAGGGUCAUUUGAUACAGGUGUUGUGAAAGUCAUCCAGUACAUGGAAUGAAAAAAAUAUCAAAAACUGUACGUAUACAUAAUUUGGCGUAUUCAAAAUUUAGCGCAAUCGCUGGGUAUGGUAUUGUUGGUGUAAUCGUGAAUAAGCGCUACAUAUGUUCAUGCCGUAUAUUGUAUACCUGUAUGUCAAUGAUUUCUCAGCAGUAUUCAUAAUUAAGCGCAUUAUUGUCUGCACCAAAGCAGCUAAAAUAUGAAAUCCGCUUUUUAAAGUACACAUAUAGUAUAUGUCUAUUGUUAUAUACACAAUGUGUGAAACAGGCUUGUAGUGCAUAAAAUUAACAAUUACAUGGUUCAAAAACUGUAUUCUUAUAUAGAGUAUUUGGAGACUUUUUAUUUAUGUUCUCUCAAGAUAUUUUAUUAUAGUUUUAAACUUUUAUAACUGUUCUGCCAGCAAUCAAUUACAAGUGUUGAUUUUCUGUUCGAAUCUCUUUGAAGACAUACAGAAAAUUUGAAUAAAGUUGUGGUUUCUGUCUAGAAUGAACGUUAUCCUUACACUCUACAAUGUGACGCUCGGUUAAUUAUAAUAUAAAAGAAUAUAAAAAGGCAAAAACAUUCCAUUGUGAUCAUAAGUCCCCAACAUAAUAAGUAAAAUAUAUUUCAAUUGUGCCUAAAUGGAUGCCAA